AAAUAUUUCCGAGGAGAAAAACAUAACAGCGGAGCGAACACUCAAUUGUUUUCCCUGCUUAUCUCUCUGGGACAGUAUCCUGCUUUUUUGAAGGCAGGGCUUUCGGUGACACACAGCUUCCUUCUCAACAGCGCGGUGACUUCACUUCCCAAAUUUAGAGGAAAGAAAAAACCCAAUCCGGUAAAAGUGUCUCUUUCUCUCCGCCACAUACCGGGGGCUGGAAUUAAUUCAGGAGCGUGUCAUGUUUGGGAUAUUGUCGGGGUCCGCUGAAAAUUGCGCAAAAUGGACGGAACUAUUAAGGAGGCGCUAUCAGUGGUGAGUGAAGACCAGUCCUUAUUUGAGCCUCCAUACGCUGCUGCUGCCCCUCUCCCAAAGACAGACAUGACUGCAUCUGGCACACAGGACUACGGCCAAACCCACAAAAUCAACCCCUUACCCCCUCAGCAAGAGUGGAUCAACCAGCCAGUGCGGGUCAACGUGAAGAGAGAAUAUGAGCACAUGAAUGGAUCCAGCAGGGAGUCUCCAGUGGACUGCAGUGUGGGUAAAUGUAAUAAGUUGGUGGGGGGUAACGACACAUCUCAGAUGAACUAUGGAAACUACAUGGAUGAGAAGAACGCCCCUCCCCCCAACAUGACCACCAAUGAGCGAAGAGUCAUUGUACCUGCAGACCCGACGUUGUGGACUCAGGACCAUGUGCGCCAGUGGCUAGAGUGGGCCAUCAAGGAGUACGGCCUGUUAGAGAUCGACACGACCAUGUUUCAGAAUACAGACGGCAAAGAGCUGUGCAAGAUGAGCAAGGACGACUUCCUCCGGCUCACCACCAUGUACAAUGCUGAAGUCCUUCUCUCUCAUCUCAAUUACCUCAGGGAAAGUAGCUCAUCAUUAUCCUACAACACGCCAUCUCACACAGACCCAUCCCCACGUCUGGCUGCCAAAGAGGACCCAUCAUAUGAUGCUGUACGGCGAACAGGAUGGUCAAACAACAUGCACAGUGGAAAAGGCUCUCCAGUGGUUACUCAGAAUGUCUCCAAGUCCAAUGAGCAGCCCAGAGCUCAGCCAGAUCCCUACCAGAUUCUGGGUCCCACCAGUAGUCGCCUAGCCAAUCCAGGUUCAGGUCAGAUCCAGCUGUGGCAGUUCCUCCUGGAGCUCCUGUCUGACAGCGCCAAUGCUGGCUGCAUCACCUGGGAGGGGACCAACGGCGAGUUCAAGAUGACUGACCCGGAUGAAGUCGCGCGGCGCUGGGGCGAGCGCAAAAGCAAGCCCAACAUGAACUACGACAAGCUGAGCCGCGCAUUGCGCUACUACUAUGACAAGAACAUCAUGACCAAAGUGCAUGGCAAGCGUUAUGCCUACAAGUUCGACUUCCACGGCAUCGCUCAGGCACUGCAGCCGCACCCCACCGAGUCUUCCAUGUACAAGUACCCCUCGGACCUUGCCUAUGUGCCUUCCUACCACGCCCACCAGCAGAAGGUCAACUUCGUGUCCCCCCACCCCCCAUCCAUGCCAGUCACCUCCUCCAACUUCUUUGGACCCACUGCUCCGUACUGGAGCUCGCCAACUGCAGGCAUCUACCCCAAUCCAAAUGUUCCCCGCCAUCCCAACACCCAUGUCCCAUCCCACCUGGGCAGUUACUAUUGAAUUUCCCCAUAUCCCCCAUCCCCAACCAUCCAGCGCCCCCAAAAACCUCCCCUCUUCCCCUUUUCCACAACCACGUCCACACUUGCUGACCUGCACUCCCAAUGACGCCAAACCAACUAAGACUAAGCUGAUAGGGCUAAUGGUCCUCUGAAGAAAUUCUGCUUCUAAAUGAAGGAUGAUAAAAUUGAAGGAGAUUUUUUUAUAUGUAAGAAUCUAUAAACAACUGGAUGCUAUGGUCCAAAAUGGAAUACUACUUAACUUUACAAGACUAGCAACUGUUUCCUUGUUUGUUUAUGCUUUGGACGUGCGUCUGAGUUUCCUGUGCCUUCCUCCACCCCAUCCUCCUGAAAGCUGCACCUACAGGCCAGUUGGUGUCCCUUCCCAAACUCUAAUACGGUUUUACCUACACAGUCGCAGCCAUAGGACAGGAGAUCAACCACAGUAUGUCUCCCUCCGCAAUCCCUUAUGUGCCCCACUACCAGACAUGGGCCUACUAUUUAUGGGUCUAAAUCUACAUCCUCCUCAGUGCAUUAUGUACAUUAUGCGUUAAAGCAUCUGCCUUUUUCCUCUAUCAACAGCAUUAUCGGGGCUUUGCUUAUUCCCACCACAUAUAGUAUUUUCUUGCCAGUGUCUCUGUCUGCUCGUGUAUCAUCUGCAUCUGUUUAUGCGUGUGUGGAGAGUCUUCAGGAAUUCGCUGGACAAGGGGAGCUCUCAAAGAGAUGGACUUUUCUCAGCACUGAAUGAAUUUGGCAACUGGAAUAUGCCAUUCACAAUUUAAUUUAUCCUCCAAACUGGAAGGCUAGAGAAGAGUUAAAUGCCAGACAUGGAAGCGCUGUAUGUUUUGCCGGCCUGGGUCAAUUACUGAUUGAAAUCUUUCCAGUAACCUCAAGUGUUUUCUCUCUUCGAUCCAGUGUUCAGGAUGGCAACGUAUGCACUUUUGGGGCAAUGCAGUUGACUCGAUUGUGCUGGAGAAACCGGUUCAAAAAGUAAUUGCAGCAAUUUGUAACAAUAAUGUGACCCAGGUCAGAUGUUUUCAGGGGCCACACACCAGGCUAUUAAAUGUUUGCCUUGCUGUUGCCUUUCAGCCGUGCCAUUCCCAGAUGUUUUGUUGCUGGACCAUGUCAGUAUUAAUGUGAAUGUCUUCUGGUUUGUGAAACACACGUGAAGGGAUACCCUGCAGCAAAAUCAAAUUUUGUCAGAUGUUUUCAUU